AUGAACGAUUCUUUCGAGUCAGUCAGUCCUGAAACCAACGAACAAGAAGCCCAAGAAGAAAUUGAUAAUGAUAAUCGAUCAGGUAAGUCAUCCAUUGAAUAUUCUCCGAGUAAAAUCUUUUUUUUUUGAGAUUCUCGCGGUUCAACCUUGUCUUCUUCUCCAGAUGAAUUGGAACCAAAUGAUUCGCCAAAUGAAUAUCAAGUGGCUGAAGAUGGAAAUGAAAGUGAUUGGACUUGGGAUAAUGUAAGUUGUUUAAAUGUUGUUUUAAGAACAAAAUACAUUUCAGAACUCGCUGAGCUCGGAUGAUGGUGAACUAGAUGCCGAGGAAGAUCCAUGGUAUCCUUUUCAAGAAAAUCGCAGAGAGUUACCGAAUGUUUAUCUUCCUGAUAAGACGUAAGUUUUUCUGUGAAUUUCUGAUAGUUUCUAAUGUUUUGUUUUUAGACCUGCAUCUUAUUUACCAGAAACUUCGACAAACCACGAAGAAGAAGAAACUGAUGACGACAAUGAAACAAAAUCGGAAAAAGCUGACGAAGAUUAUCAAAAUGCUCUGAAGAACAUAAGACCAAAUCCAACACUUGACGAUCUCAAAAAAAUUGUUCUUGAUUUUUUCAUCUGGAACGGAUAUGAAGAUCCCAUCGAACCAUUUUGUAGAGAAAUGGGAAUUGAAGUUCCUCACGAAGAAAUUCGUUUGAUGCAUACAAGAAUGGCUGUCAAAAAUUUGAUUCUUGAAGGAAAUUUGAAAGAAGCAAUUAAGAAAAUUAACGAGAUUUGUCCAACUCUUUUGAAGGAAGAAGAAAAACUUGCAUUCUCCGUUAGACGACAAUAUAUCGUUGAAAUGAUUCGAUCUGGGUAAGUUUCUUAUUUAAAGCUCUGAAAUACCAAAAAUGACUGAUAAUUCCAGACAAACUGAAGAGCCGAUUGUUUACGCAAGAACUCAUUUGUUGAAAGAUAGUCAAGCGAUGGAUUCAAAAUCAUUGGAAAUUUUGGAAAAGACAUUUGCUUUGAUGGCUUACGAAGUCACAGAUACUUCCCCUUUCCAUUAUCAAUAUGAUCAAAGUGAAAGAGACAAAAUUUCACGGGAUGUAAAUAGUGCGAUACUCGGAAAACUUGGGAAGCGAAAGUAUUCGAAAUUGGAGACAUUGACAAAACUCAUAACUUGGGCAAGAGCGGAAAUUGCGUACACUCCAGCAUUGGAUCCACCACAUAAUUCACAUUAUUGGGCGAGACAAUCUUUCGAAUCACCAGAUAAGUUGUGAGUUUAUUUUUUUUGAUAUAAAAUAGAUAGAUAAAAUACAUUUCCAGGGAUGACUUCAUCAAUCUCGCACUUUCAAAAGAGCCACUCGAUCUCACCAAAAAUUUGGGCUAA